AUGAACGCCAAACCCGCAUCCCUCCCCGAAAUCACCUGCGAGUUCCGCGGCCGCGUCGCGAUCCUCACCAUCAACCGCACCAAGAAACUCGGAGCUCUCUCCCAGGACCUCUACUUCAACAUUGCCCAAUGGCUCCGUCACAUCGACGGUAGAGAGGACAUCUACAUCACCGUCCUGGCCGGCACAGGACGUUUCUUCUCCGCCGGCGCCGACGUCUCCGUAGCCGGCCAAAACAAAGGCGCCAAAGAAGACCUCUUCCGCACGAACCUCCAAAACUUCGCCGCCUACAACCUGAACAUCACCCACGCCUUCUACUCGCACUCCAAAAUCCUCGUUACCGCCCUCAAUGGUCCCGUCGUAGGUCUCUCCGCCGCGAUAAUCGGACACUCGGAUUUCAUCUACGCCGCUCCGCACGCCUACCUCCUGUGCCCCUUCACCUCGCUCGGUCUCGUAUCCGAAGGCCUCGCUUCGAGAGCCCUAGCAGGUCGAUUGGGACCAGCUCGCGGUGCUGAAGCACUGUUGAUGUCGAAGAGGAUCACAUGUGAGGAAUUGGUGCAGUGUGGGUUUGUGAACAAGGUGUUUCAGACGAAGCCGGAAGAGUCGAAGAAGUUUUUGGACCUGGUGUUGGAGGAGGUGGAUAAUCGGUUGGGAGAGCAUUUGGUGCCGAACAGCUUGAUCAAAAUUAAGCAGCAGAUGAGAGGGCCGGAGAGGGACUUGUAUGAUGCGCAGGGUGUGAAGGAGGUGUUUGGAGGAUUGGAUGUGUUCAUGAGGGGUAUUCCGCAGGAGGAGUUUCGGAAGGUGGCUUCGGGAGAGAAGCGCCAUAAGCUGUGA